AUGCGCAGGCAUGUAGCUCCUUUAAUAUUCAUUCAGAGCCUUUUGUUAUUAUCUCAACUUGUUCAUGCUGAGUCAAUAACAACGUGCUAUGGCGAGACUUUGUCAAUAGGCUGCAGCGAGGACAGUUUCAUUCUUGUUAAUUUUGCUGCAUUUGGCGUCUUCGGCACAAGCGACAAAUGUAGUGCACAAUCAACUGCUGAAUGUUGGGUGGAUUCUACAUAUUUUGUCUCAGCUAUAUGUACGGGUCAUCAUUUCUGUCAAUCCAAAGUUCAAUAUUCGCACGAUCUUUCAUCGAAGUCGCUGAGAUACAAAUGUGCGGGUGUCGUUGAACUUACAGCUCCUCGUCUGUUUGUGCAAUAUCUGUGUAUUAUCUCAACUCUGUUAUCAUCGAUACAGGAUGUCAGGAGCUUGGAUGCAGAUCACGUUGGUGGUUUUCUAGCUACACACGACUAUCAAUUAUCGGUCAAGACUCCAGAAUGGAAGACGGACUUAUCGGAGGAGUAUUGUACUCAGUGGAAUUUACCCAGUGUCAUUUCAAUUCCAGCUCCCCAAGGGGGUCUUGGGAUAGUUAUCAAACUCAGGGACAUUGGUGAACUCUAUAGACCUCUGAGCACACACACACAUCGGUAUCGGUUUGCUCACGUAGAAGAGAAACUCGACCCCAAAAACCGGUGCAUUUUUUCAAUCUCCAUCCACGAAGACGCGCAAUCAACAGUCGCACGAAGCACGCUUGUAAGAGAAAACCCAAUCGAUAAUUAUCGACCGCCAAGUGCAAGGCGAAAGCAACUAUCGUGUCGUCUCCUUCCCUCCCUUCUCCUCCUUCGCGCCAUUAAACGACGACGUGGAGAGCGCAAGGGGGGCUGGAUGUCUUGUAAUAAAGGUGUCUGGGGCUACAAGUGUCUCGGUUUGAGAUCCGUUGGUACUCCCUGUCUCUCCGACUACCUUCGAAUGGAUGUCACCACCACAGCCACGCAACACCGUCUGCGUCUCGAGGUCUGUCCCUACGCCAGCUCGGAUGGCUGGGGUGCUCUCAUUACUAAUGAAUACCUUCAACAGCCAGAGAAGGUUGAAGAUGAGGACGAAACCUACUAUGGAUUUGCCUCAGCUGUCCCUGGCACUUCAGUCCUGGUCUUUGGACCAGCAUACAACUUCACCUCCAUUGACUUUGAAGUGAAUUUGCAGCUAGGAGGCGCGGUGGAUCAUACGAGUGGAGGCAAUGCCACAUCAAUAAUGCGUCACGGAUGGGUCAAGGGCUUACUGUUUGAGUAUAUACUGCUCUAUUGCCCCCCGCUACCCGAUGUCCUAGAGGUUGGAGGUCAUUUGGGCUAUGCGCUGCACACCCACACUGAUGCCACGGGAGCCACAGUGGCCGUCGCCGAGAUUGGCUGUCUGCCCGAUCGGUUUGUCUUUCCUUUCUCCACUGUUGCAGCCACUAGCACCUCGCUCCACUUGAGUGACUUUGAGCCCCUGAAGAACCGAUUGGUGCUUCAGUGCGACCACCACAGAAGGCAGUGGAUACCUGAUCCGCCUCCUGGAGGUUGCAUGACCCGUGAGGAGAUUAAUGCCGUCUUGAAGGCACUGCUGAAUUCCAAGACAACUACAAUAGCACCACCUGACACGACAGAGGCUGUUAAGGAAACAAUAAAGACCACCAAUUUAACGACUACAGCAACAACAACGAAUACCACUGUCGCCGCCAUGACAAUGCCAAGCACAACUUCUGAGGCAUCAGUCCUCACUGACCCCCUAAAAUCGCCUUCAAAGAUUGAUAGGAGCAACAGUAGCGCUGCAGAGAACGCCAGCCUGUCUCAUGGAUCCUCCGCUGCAAUGGGUGCAAUAUUUGGAUUCAUUUUGUGUCUCCUCAUUCUCUUAAUCGUCGUCUUUAUUUUCCGCCAGAGGCUCUUACGAACGGUUCGUUCCAAGUUGGUGACUAGCAAUACUCUUCCUGGUCGAUUCCCUGGCUCUGGAAUGUUCAUGAACACCCUCUCGGGUUCCCUCACCUUUUCGCGUCACCGCAAGAACCCUUACUUCUCUCCCUCCCGCCAUCCUACCGUUAUAAUGUCUCAAUCCGCCGUCUCCAUUCCUCACCAUCCUCAACACUGGCUCAACGGUUCCAGCAUCAGUGUUGUAAAACCCACAUCUGCCGCAGUCUCACUUGGCAACCUUCAUGCCUCGAAACCCUCCCUUUCACGCCUUCCGCCUCCUUCCAUUUCGUCGACACAGGCAGCAAGUGCUGUGCAAGACGCCCAACAGCAGCCUGGACCACCCUCUUCGGUGACUACACCAAAUUCGACGUCACUAAGCACUCAAAGGCAAACUCUACUAUCGGCGGACACGGUGACGACCAAUGUGUCAGCCGGGCAGCCAUCGCCAACUAUUACGAUGGGAUAUUGUGGAGCGUCCGCAGAUAGACUCGCAGAGGGUUUCACUGAAACCCCUGAUGUUAAUCAGGUGUUUUCGGCCACCCUUCCUUGGAAAUCGAAGCCCCAAGGCGGUGUCGCAGGUGGACUGAAGCGUCUCUCAACCUUUAUUCGUUCUGCCAUGAGUGGAUCAUCUGCAUCCUUCAACGGUCACCAUAGUAACCAUGGCAAUCAUCACCAGCAAACGAUGGCAACGCCAGGGGCGGCAAGACGGAAAAACUUCGCUGGGCCUUGGCCUUCCGCCUCUUUCGCUUCCUCCCCUACCUCCACAGCUAAUUCAGUGGGCCUAUUCAGCUCCGCUCAAUCGAGAUCAAGCUACACCUCGGAUGUUACUAUUCAGCCCAUCCCCUCUCCGCUGGGAUCACUGGGUCGAAGCAGCCUAGGUCAGAUCCCGGUGGAUCGCAAGGCUCCAGUGUACCUUGUCGACUCCUCGAUGUGCCAUUUGAACAAUCAGCAGAGAGAAGCCACUACUCCCACCAACGUCGCAAACGCUACACUUGGAGGUGGAGCGAGACGAGGGAUGAGGAAGACAACCCCUUUGCCCCCACUGCCACCUCUUCAUCCCCAUUACUUCAACACCAAUCAGCAGCAAAAUCAACAACUGCACAAACAGCAGCAGGAAUCCAACUCUUUGUCGGGCCAGGGACCCCAUGGGAAAACGGCAACCCUCAAUAUGGAUACCUAUUUAGAGCCCAUCGACGGUGUGGACUCUUUGGGGCGGUCAGACACCAUCCCCGCGGCUGAAGAUCUCUCUGUCACUGAGGUGAUAUCCGGUGGCACCUUCUCUGAAGUCGGCAUGAGUCAUGGGAGUGUGCCGGAAGGCACAUUUAUCAUGCUGCGGCUAUCAGCACGGCUCGCAGGCGAAGCCCGCGAUCAGAAGGACCAUGACGAGGUCCUUAAGCGACCGUAUAAUCAAAACACUGAGUUGAACGAACAAUCAAAGUAUUAUGCAGCCCCUCUUUUCUUUCAAGCACUCCACAUGGCCAACCUUCCUCGUCAGCCAUCCCAACGUAGUCAGUGCUAUGAUAAAAACACCAAUAAACCAGCCACGACAGUCAUCGAAGUGGUGCACAAUCAAGACGACGUUUAA